AUGGAUAUUGUGGAUCUGGAUAAAGUUUUGGAUGAUUUUGAAGAAGAUGAAGAAAAAGCAUCAGCUCUGGUUCCUGGGUGUGACAUCAAACCAGGUGGAUACUCCUCUUAUCUGCCCUCAUGUGAAAAUAAUCCAUGGGAAGCCUACACUCAAGGGCUCACUUCUGCCAGCAACUCUCACCAACUGGGCAUUGAUGCAGCUUCUACCAAAACAAUUACAUAUGAUAUGCCUUAUGAAGCUGCCCAUAAAUUUGACAUAUCUGAAGCCAACUUUUCUCUCUCACAUAAAGAAGAGGGAAAACGUGAAUCGUCCUCAUCUAUUAAACUUUCUGCUCACAAUGAGCAUCAAAUCAACUUUCAGAACUGUUUAAAUGCUAAACUUGCUCCUUCUGCACCACUGCCACCUCCUUCAACAGUAGAAGCAUCAGUGACAGAAAAGAUUGAAGAUUGUGAGCAGGCUAUAAGGGAUAGGCCAGACCUGGAAUUACCUGAAGGAAAACCAUGUCAGGAGACCCAGCCACCUGGACUUUUGACCCCUAUUUCAGACUCUGUUUUAAAAACUGAGUCACUCAUUAUUCACCAUAUGAAUACUGAUACUUUUGCACCUAAUCACAAAUUUCUCUCUUGUGGUGAUAUUUCACAAGAUGCAUUGGCCAGCAGAAAUGAGACUCGAACAGAUUCAGCUGUUGAAUGUGUGGGAAUAUAUGACAAACCAGAUGACCAUGAUGUUGCAAUGGUCAGCGAAACUGCCUAUGAUUCUUCAGCUGUCAAGGCAGGUGAGGCUUUGGUGUGCAAUGUCGGUUGGAGCAUGUCCAAUUCUCAGGAAGAACCCAUGCAUGAAAGCAGUGAGACUGUGAUAAAAGCUGUGGAAGAUGUGUCUGCUGUCUGUUUGAAUAAUUUGCUAGAACCUUCCUUAAAGGAGAAACAGAAGUUUGACAGCCGGCACAACAACUUACAUAACAAAGAUCAAAACUGUAGUACAAACACAUCAUUGGACUCUUGUAAUCCCAGAACGAUUGGCCAUUUGUUGGAUACUCAAACAACAGAGGAACCAGAAGUUGUGGGCUUUGAUUGUAUGGAUGAUGAUGAAAAUGUGGACGAUUAUCUAGAUGAGUGUUGCUCUGCAGAAAUGGCAGAUGCUGUUCUUUCUGCACCUAAAGCUUCCUCGAUUCAAGCAGAAUGUAUUGUCCAUUCGGUAUCUUCCGACUCGCCUAUGGAACUACCUGAAGUGGUUAGUAAUGGUGACCCUGCAACACAGCCUGCAUCUUCUGUUCCUUUUGAGUACGCUACUAAGGCUAUGGAUCUAUCAAAUGGUCAUAAUAGUGCUCCUCAAGCGACACAGCUAAUUUGUGAGAGAGACUGCACUAGAGAAAUGGAAAAACUUGGGCAUGACAACGUAUGCAUUUAUGAUGAUAUCACAGCCGUUGGAGAAAAUGGUUUUUCAUCAUCGAGUGAUAGGGACACCAAAAUGGCCGGGGAAUCACCUGCCGGUAAGAGACUAUCAAAGCCUACGGGAACCAUAGAAAAUGGAUUUCCAGGGCCUCCGUUGGAGAAUGGUGUGAGCACACCAUCUCCUGAAUCGCAACAAUCAUCAAUACUUGGUGCUCGUCCAAAAGAGCCUCCCUUACCAAAAAUGGCAAGGCCAAACAGUCUGUUGGGCUUGUCUAAGGUAUGUCUUGAUACCCCAUUUGCUGCAGCCACAAUUGCACCUGUUUCAAUUUCACCUAAUUCAGAUAAAUCUUCUGAUAAUGUUCCCAAUGGCUUCCUUGAUUCCUCCGCAUCAGCAGAGACUGCAGUGCCUGGCCUGGACUUGAAGCAAAAGAUGCAACAGUCUUUAAGUCCACUACAGAAAAAACUGAUCAACAUGGAAAUCAAACAACGCCUUGAAAACGAAACCGAGACUGGGGCCAGCAAAGAAAUCUUUCAGCAUAACUGUGAUGCUCAUUUAUUGCCUUGUGACAUCCGAAACAGUGAUGGUGUUGCAGAGAAGGUGGAUGAGUCUGAUGAUGAGGUGGAAGAGAAAGACACACUGGAACAAGGGAUACAGCAGGGUGAUGACGAACUUGUCUUACGUAAUCGGCCGGAUCUACCCAGUGAAACUAUGCAAGCUCUCCCAACGACAUUAGCUCUGUCACAGACUCCACCAUCUGCUACACAGUCAAACCCAUCAAGUUCUACUGUAUCAGGACCUGCACGGCCUCAUUCUUGGAGCCCGUCUGGUGGAGCACCUUCGAAUGCUGCCUCAUCUCAAAAACAGAAGCGGCCAACCAGCUUAAACUUACCACAGCGGAAUAGAGAUGUUAAUCCUCAGAAUGAUUGGUCUGGGGGUUCUGCUUCUCAAACAUUUCCUAACGAUUCAGAGGGCUUGGCAGGUAGCCGCUGGAAUCAGGGGAUGAUUCAACCAAUAUCGGAGGAAAAUGAAACAGUCGGAGUGGAAACUGGCCAAGAAGUGACUUAUUCUCCAACAAGUUCCCAGUCCAGUGUGGGAGGAGGCGGUAGUGGCAGUGCAGAAGGUGAAGAUGAAGGACACCAACCAUCACAGCAUCAACAACCACAACAAUCAGAAACCAUGUCACACAGUCAGCUUGGAAUGGUUGCACCUAUAUGGGUCCCUGAUUCUGACGCUCCCAAUUGUAUGCAAUGUGAGGCUAGGUUUACAUUCACUAAACGAAGACAUCACUGUCGAGCAUGUGGAAAGGUAUUCUGUUCAGCUUGCUGUAGUAUGAAAAACAAAUUACAGUAUAUGGAAAAUAAAGAAGCCCGCGUUUGUUUGGCAUGCCAUCAGCUCCUCAAUAUCACGGAGAGCCGAUCUGGACGCAGCCCUAACCCCAAUAACCCCAGCGAAUACUGCUCCACCAUCCCACCAUUGCAACAAGCCAACGCGCAUGUUCCAUUGCCGACUGUUAUGGUACCAGUUGGUGUGCUCAAGAGAGAGGGGAGUCAGAGAAAAGGAGAGCCAAAGCAAGUCAUAUUUUCAGAUGGUAUCCGACCUGGUGGCGAUCUUACUGAAGAAGUAGACGGGCCUCAAGAAGCUCGUUUUCCUCCCAGACGAACGGGACGAGCUCAGAAAAAAGUAGAAAGAGUAUCUCAGGGCAAUGAACAGUCAGGUUCCCCACGGACACGCUGUUUGCGAUCUACAGACAGUCCUCGGAAUAAAUGCCUCAUUCCUGAAAAUGGACUGCCACCUGUCUUACUCUCUAGUGGAACGAAAGAUUAUGGAUUUGAUGAGAAUCCUGAUCCAGAGCAAAUUUUGCCGAAGAUUAAAAAUGAUCAACAUGAACCUGUGAUAUUUGCAAUAAACAGCAAUCUUUUUGUUAUGGUCAAGAUAGUUCAGUUGGAUUGCUGUGUGAACCGGACCUGUUGGUGUUUUACUACAAAGGGCAUGUGCACAGUAGGGCAGGAUGAGAUCGUGAUUGUCUUGGAGUGUUUUCAAGAUGAGAAGACAAUCCCAAAGGAUGUCUUCUGGCAUUUUCACACUGUUUAUGAAGAAGCCUAUAAAGGUAAUACUGUGUCAGACAUGGGCCACACAAUAUUCAACCAGAGCUUUCUUGGAAGUCGAGAUCAUGGCGGCUUCCUUUACAUUAGACCAACCUUCCAGUGCCUACAGAAAAUUAUGUUACCUAGUCCUCCUUACCUGUUUGGGAUUCUGUUACAGACAUGGGAAGCUCCCUGGGCCAAAGUCUUCCCAAUUCGAUUACUGUUGAGACUUGGUGCUGAAUACAGAUAUUAUCCAUGUCCUUUGAUUAGUGUGCGUAACAGGAAGCCUGUGUUCUACGAGAUUGGCCACACUAUAAUGAACUUGUUGGCUGACUUCAGAAACUAUCAAUACAUGUUACCGCAGAUCAGAGGUGUUACCAUCCAUAUGGAAGAUAAACGAACAGUCAUCAACUUCCCUAGAAACCGAUAUGAUGAUCUAAUGAAGGUGGUGACCAACAGUAACGAACACGUAAUGGCUCUUGGUGCCAAUUUCAGUGCAGAGGCUGACUCUCAUCUUGUAUGUAUUCAGAAUGAUGAUGCUAACUAUCAGACCCAAGCUAUCAACAUACAGAAUAAACCAAGGAAAGGUACAUAUUCUGUUGAGAGUCAUAUGGAAGAAGGAGACACCUGUGCUCGUGCACAGCUUCUAGGGUAUGAUGAGUUGUCACAGCUGAAAUUGACGGGGGCUAGUUUUGUGGUAUUCAAUGGAGCUUUAAAGACUAGCUCUGGUUUGACAGCCAAGUCAUCAAUAGUAGAAGAUGGUCUCAUGGUACAAAUUACCCCUGACUCUAUGGCUGCACUUAAGCAAGCUAUGAAAGAUAUGAGCACAUAUACCAUUGGUUGUGGUAGCAUUUCCACUAGUAAACCCGAGGAAAUUGUCCUUGUACACUGGGUGGAUGAUGAUAAAAGUGUCAAUGUCGGAGUUCGAAGCCCAAUUGACAAAAUGUCGUUAGAUGGGGUGGAGAGCAUUCAUAUUCACAACAGCCCAGAUUAUAUUGGAGAAAGUCGAGCUAUACGGUGGACUGAAGUAUUCUUGAUCCAAAAUGAAGAUUCAAAUUCGUCCCGUCUUGAGCCAGUGGAUUUGAGUCGUUUGGCUGAAACACUUGCUCAAGCCUGCUGCAUUGCUCUCACUCCUCACCUUGACAGAUUGAAGGAAUCGGCUGUUAUGAAACUAGGUCUACGAGUAAACAUUGAAUCAGAAAGAGUUGGUUAUGAAAUUGGAUCGAAUGGAAUUAAGCUGCCAGAUUUUUAUAUGAAUGACUUGGAUAACGAGUUGAUACCUGUCAUCCAUAAUGCUGCUUCUCACAUGGAGAAUAAUCACUUGUCUAUUGUUUGUUUUUUACCUAAUUUUUUUCCUCGCUCUUAUUUUUACCUUAUUUCUCUUCACUCUCUCUUAUUUUUACCUUAUUUCUCUCCUCUCUCUCUUAUUUUUACCUUAUUUCUCUCCUCUCUCUUAUUUUUACCUUAUUUCUCUCCUCUCUCUCUUAUUUUUACCUUAUUUCUCUCCUCUCUCUCUUAUUUUUACCUUAUUUCUCUCCUCUCUCCCGCUCUCACCUUAUUUCUCUCCUCUCUCUCUCACCUUAUUUCUUUCUCUUUUACCUUAUUUCUUUGCUCUCUCUUAUUUUUACCUUAUUUCUUUCCUUAUAUGUACAAUACUUUUUCUGUUCUUAUUUUUGAUGACGUUUAUUAA